AUUACCGAGUUGAAUGCCUCUGAUGAACUUUGAUUUUUUUUUUGCAUAGGCAAUGUUUUGGUUAGCGAACAAUUUGAGGUUGUUUGGGAAUGCUAGGGGUUCCGGUUUCACAACAUGGUUCUUGUUUUUCGCUGACCCACCGUCUGAGCGCAUUGGAGCCGGCCGGGGAAAAAAAAUCUUUUUUUUUUUGUUAUGAUGGUUAUUAGCCGCGAUCAGAGGAUCAAUGGCCUGCCUCAAGGGAAAUUUUUCUAAAAGGUUAGUCUUUUAUAAUAGACUGUCCUAUAAAGUAUGAACAUAUCAUUGCAUAGCUUGAAUAGCAAUAUUUUCUUAACAAGCCACACUUUGUAUAUUUCUUUUGAAUUUUAUUACUGGUUUCCUAUUUUUUCAUUGAUUCUUUUUAUUUUUUUUACAAAAAUAAUGUGCAGGUUUGAUUUUUAAUUUUAUGAAAAAAAAAAAUUUAAUCGUGUUUAUGACAGUCUCCUAAGACUUAAUAAUUUAGCCGAAAUAAACGCUUACUCACUAAUCGUCCCACCAGAAUUUUCAUGAAUUAUUUGCGAGCAAGCAAUUCAUACACAAACUUGACAUCCAGCUAUACAAAUUCUUCGAGGCAGUCUUUUAUCAUAGUGAUAAGAGAUGGUGGCACUGUAAAAAACAAACGGCCAGCUCAAUUGUAGCAGCAGCAGUCUUCUAAAUCGGUUGAGUUCGGAUACAGCUGGGCUCACUUUUCACAGUGCGCAAAUAGGCUUAGUUGAUCGCAAUCAAGCGCCUGAAAGCUGUGCACACUUUGGAGCUCCCGUUGCCAUUCAUUCCUCAGACAGUGCGCAGAAAGGCGUCCGCGAUUUAGUUCCUAGAGAAGACAAAUAGAUAUGAUAAAUUUAAGUGACCUUAUUACGGACGACGACUGCCUUGAAGUGGUGCGAAAUGCACUUGGCGAUGGGUACCGUGUGAUCACUUUCCGACUGGAGAAAAUAGCUGGUCAACCCGGAUUCCUGGGCGAAUACGCCCGUUUAGUGGUAUCCACCGAGCAGCUAGUAAGUCUAUCAAGGGAUUCGAUUGAAUAUGGGCAUCACUUACUCCUCAAAAUUAAAUUCCAGGAAACUGAACUCAAACAAGAUCACUCAUAUUUCGUCAAGUGUUUGCCGUUCACCGAUGCAAAGCAACGCCAGAUAAUUGAGGAGAUUGGGAUAUUCACCAAGGAAGCUCGCUGCUAUCGAGAGUUGUUUUCCCGCUUUGAAAAGAGUCCCGAAAAGGUACUGAAAUGGAGACCGGAGUGUUGGCUGGCUCGGGAUGACCUGAUGGUGAUGGAAGAUCUUGCCGUUGCAGGCUUCCGUACGAUGCCCUUUCAAAAGCCUUUUGGGAAAGAACACAUGGUGCUGAUACUGGAGCGUAUUGCGCAGAUGCAUGCUUGUUCAUUGGAUUUGGAGAUCAAUCGGAUGAAGGGGAAGAGAUUGGAUGAAACAUUCGGAGAGAUGCUUUUCGAGACGACUUUCAUGCGGGAGAGUCCCUGGUUUGUGGCAGGGUUGAAGGGAAUACUCAGGACAGCCUUAGACGGAUCAAAGUACUCACAAAAUCCCGAGUACAAGGCAAUCGUCCAAUCUCAAAUGCUGGAUAAAAUGAACCGCAUCUACGAACUUUCACAGCCGACUAGAAACUUCCAAUCAGUUAUAGUGCAUAAAGAUCUCUGGUACAACAAUAUGAUGUUCCGCUUUGAACGCAAUCAGGAAGGUGAGAUCUUGUAUGAUAAGCCAUCGGACUGCAUCCUGAUAGAUUUCCAGAUUUCACGAUAUCAGCCACCUGCCAUUGAUUUUCUCUGUACCAUUUACCUGUUGACUCGCAGACCCCACCGGGAUCAGUUGUAUGACUUCUACGUAAAAUACUAUUAUGAUCAGCUUCGACAUAAGCUAGACAUCCUGCAACUACAGCUAGAUCGCAUUCUACCGUGGCAGCAAUGGCUGGACAGUUUGGAGCACUAUAAACUUUUUGGUCUGCUGUGGUCUGGAGUUUUGCAUGCGUACGUGAAUCUUCCGGAAGGAUACAUUGGUAAGCUGCACGCGGAGGAUCCCGAGGCAUACCACGAGUUUGGGCUUGUUAGCAGAGAUGGAGUGUUGAUGAAGUUUUUCCAUUCGGACGCAUACUAUCGAGAAACUUUGCUCGACUCGGUUGAAGAGACAUUGGAAUAUUUAUUCGAAUUCAAAUAAAUGAAUCACGUCAAAUCAGAGAACAGA